AUGUUCGGAAGAAAGAGUCGCAAGCCACCCAAAGCCACCGUCCUCGUACCUCUCUACAUCUAUCCCGACCCCUUAGCCUGGGAUCCCUUGUUCGCAGCCGUCGCGAACAAUUCAGCUGUGAAUUUCACAGUAAUAAUCAACCCAAACAGUGGGCCGGGCGUUCCUGGUUUAGACGCAAACUACACGCGCGACAUACCCCGCCUCAACGCCUACCCCAAUGUUCUGACCGUUGGCUACGUAUCGACAAACUACACGAACCGGGACCUCUCCCUAAUAUUUGACGAUAUUGACACCUAUGUCUCUUGGUCCCAAAACGUCAGUACGAAGGGAUUGGGAAUGCGGGGCAUUUUCCUAGACGAGACGCCGAAUCAGUGGACGCCUGCUGCUGGGCAAUUUUACGACAGUAUUGCUACAGUCAUUCGCUCUUCGACCGGAUUGGGAGCGGAUCCUUUGAUAAUCCACAACCCGGGCUCGAUUCCAGAUCCCCAGUUUUUGACGUCGUCAUCAGCUAAUGUUACAGUCGUUUUUGAGGGUAGUUAUACUAGCUACCAGCAAUACUCCUCCUCGAAGUCCAUUGGGGCCGUGCAGAAGAGUGCAAAGGUGAAGAGAGAGCAGUUGGCGGCGAUUGUCUAUGACUUCCCGGAUGGAGAAGAUACCAAGGGAUUCUUGGAAGAUCUGAGGAGGAGAGUCGGAAAUUUGUUUAUCACUGGAGAUGGAGUAGAUGGCGAUGUUUAUGCGGGAUGGUGGGACGAAUGGGAAGGCUGGGUGGGGAAUAUGAGUACUUUGUGA